CUCUCUCUCUCUCUCUCUCUCUCUCUCUCCUCUCUGUCUCUCUGUGUUUGAAGUUCCUGCUCUCUCUCUCUAUAGUACCCUGCGAAAAGUUGAAGGCAUCGUGCUACAAUUUGUAAGGCCUCGAUCUACAGGGUUUCAAGAUGCCGGCCACUGCAGGUCGUGUUCGUAUGCCUGCUAACAACAGGGUUCACAGCAGUGCAGCCCUUCAGACCCACGGAAUAUGGCAAAGCGCCAUAGGCUACGAUCCCUAUGCUCCAAACCAGAACAAUUCGAAGCAAUCCUCUGAUCAGAAUGUUCAAUCAUCUGAACCAGAGGGAGAGAACGCAUAUGCUAGCUUUCAGGGCCUUCUUGCCCUGGCACGACUAACUGGUUCUAACGCUGAUGAAGCUAGAGGAUCCUGCAAAAAGUGUGGAAGGGUGGGUCACCUCACCUUUCAAUGUAGGAACUUUCUGAGUGUAAAGGAAGAGGUGGGAGCAAUUCCAGCAGUUAUCCCUGGUUCAGAUAAACAAAAGGCGAAUGGGAAGGGCAGUUUUGGUGAAGAAAAUGACCUCUCAGAUGACAGCUCUGAGGAUGAGGAAGAGGAGGAGAGCAAAGAUGAAUCAGACAGUGAGGAAGAUUCAGAGAUUGAGAGGAUUAUCGCUUCUCGCAUGGGAAAAGGGACAAAGAAGGUGUCAGGUUCAUCGAACAAGAAGCGGGUUUCUAGGGAGAGAAAGCACAAGGGUUCGGAAGAGGAUGAUUCAGAUUCUAGUGAGCGAAGGCAUAGGAAGAGAGAGGAGAGAGAGAGGAGAGAGAAGAGGAAGAGAAGGGGGCAUAGAAGGCCUUCAGACAGUGAGGAUUCAGAUAGGAAGAGUAAAAGAGAGAACAGAAAGAGCAGACAGGAGAGGAAGAAGAGGAGCCAUAGGUAUUUGGAUUCUGAUAGCGAGGCUGAGAGUGUGAAAAGGCGUCGCAAGAGUAGCAGAAGGUCCUCUGAUUCAGAGACUGAUCGUUCAUCAGGUGAUUCUGAGAGGGGCAGGAGCAGGCACCGAUCUCAUAAGAGAAAGCAUUGAGAGAGAGAGAGAGAGAGAGAGAGAGAGAGAGAGAGAGAGAGAGAGAGAGGACCAAGAAGCCUGAGUUGUAGCUAUAAUCUCAGAUUAAAAUAUGAUCAGGCUAUUACAUCAAGCUAUUGGUAAGUUUGAAGUUUGUAUUUUGAUGAAUUGGAAAAAACUGUGACUAUUUUUUUAUUUUUUUGCUUCUUUCUUGUGAGUUUUGUUUCUUUCUUGUGAGUUGUGUUUGAUGAAUUUUGUGUGGCUUGUAACUGUAAGGAAACUGGUUAGCCUAUUACUCUAUUAUAUAUUUUUUAAUUUGCUUUUGAAUAUUUUGUAAAUACGGGUUAGAUUUCUU